AUGGACUUCCUCGGCCUCGUGGCUUCCUCCCGCAGCGUUGGGACGACCAGUCCCUAUCCCACUAUCACGUCAUUGUUGGUUGAGAAUUUUGAUUUGGAUAAGAAGGCUCUCAAAAUUGGUGAAAACACCUACAUCGACAUACGGUCUCGUGUCAAGGAUUUCUACAAUCUGCCCAAUGAUGGGACCAAACUUCAACAUCCCGCGGAUCCUGACCAUGCUGACCUUGAUUAUGCAAGGAAAAUCAAAGUUCAAAUGCCUAGUUUGUACCUUAUAUAUAUACAUUUUGGCAUGAAGCUUAUAUAUGCAGACUUUGUGCACAUUUCAAACUUGGAACCUGGUUAUCCACGCAUCGAGUAUAUCACCAAUGAACAUCUAGAAUGUGUGGCAAAUGUGCUGAAGAAAGAGCCGUAUGCUAGCCUGCAGGUGAAUGAUUCUCUUAAGGCUGACCGUGUAGACAAUAUGAAUUCAUCACCCCAGAGCUCUAAUAAUGAAGUAAAUGAUUCUCUUAAGGCUGACCAUGCAGUGAGCUCUAAUAAUAAAGGAUAUGAUCGAAAAGUAGGACAUAACAAGCAGGUGCUAGCAGCCGAUCCAAACGAGCAAACAGUAGAGAACGAAUCAGAAGAGGUGAAAGGGUAUGGAGGUGUAAAUGAUGAUGAUGUAGCAGUAAAGGGUGAUGUUACUGCACAGAAUGCAAAUGAUAAUGCAGCAAAUAAUCAAGACAAUGAAGCUGGCGGAGGAGAAAUGGAUGCCGAGCAAGAGGAGAAGGAUCACGAAGAGGUGGUUUUGGAGGAUCUUGCCGGUGAACGGCAGGAUACAACUGAGGUCGAAGAAGAAGAGGAUCAUGCUAGGGUGGAGAAGGAUGAGCAGAUGGUUAUGUCAGAAAUGGCCAAGAAUAGGCACUUGAAAAAGGAGCUUGAGAUCUUUGUGAGAGGGCUGGACAGGGAAGCUGUCAAGGAGGAUAUUAGAAAGGUGUUUGGACAGGUUGGUGAUGUUGUGGAGGUCCGUCUCCACAAGGAUUGCUCGAUGAACAAGAAUAAGGGAUUUGCAUGUGUGAAGUUUGCAAGCAAAGAGCAGGUAGCUCGAGCAAUUGCUGUGAUGAAUAACCCUGUGCUAAAUGGCAAACAAUGUUGUAUCGGUGCUAGAGAGGACAACGACACACUAUUCUUGGGAAAUAUUUGCAAUACAUGGACAGAGGAAGCUAUUAAGAAAAGGCUGAAUGAGUAUGGGAUACAAGGAGUUGAAAGCUUAACUCUGGUUCCUGAUACUCCAAAUGAGGGAAAGAACCGGGGCUUUGCAUUUCUUGAGUUUUCUUGCCACGGAGAUGUGAUGAUUGCAUUUGAAAGGCUGCAGGAACCUGAUGUUGUGUUUGGUCAUCCCGAGAGAACUGCAAAAGUUGCUUUUGCAGAGCCGAUAAAGGAAACAGAUGCAGAAGUUAUGUACAAGGCUAAGUCAGUUUCUAUUGAUGGACUCCCACCAUAUUGGGAUGAAGAUCGUGUUAAGGACCGAUUCAAAGCUUACGGUUUAUUACGUGUGGUGCUUGCUUGUGACAUGUCAAGUGUCAAAAGAAAUGGUUUUGGAUUUCUUUACUUCUCAACCCAUGAGGAAGCUCUUGCUUGUAUUGAAGCCAUCAACAACACCGAAUUGGGUGAUGAUGCAAAACUGAAGGAAAAGGUACGGGUUAGACUUUCAAAUCCAUUACGUAAAAGUAAAGCUGUGAAAGGAGGAAUGAGUGGCGGCUUUCGGAUUGGACAUUCUGGACCUGGUUUUAACAUGCCUGAUAGAAGUUAUAUUAGGGGAGAAUCAGUCCCUUGCCGGGCAGGUUUCCAUGGUGGUAGGGAUUUCAAUAAUCAUGCCCCUAGUUGCGGUGGAAGAUAUAAUUCUGCAUCCAAUAAUGAUCCUUCUGGAGCUCCACCCUCUGACUUCAGAGCAUACUCUUUUGGGAUGGGGAGUGCUUCUUCACGUGAUUACUAUGGCCCUGGUCCUGGUCCUGCCUCAGAUCAAUAUGGUAGGGGCUCGUUCCGGACACACUACAAAGGCGGGCAUUCUGGAGGCGGGUAUUACUACUAG